AUGUUGAGGACUUAUGGAAUAAAGUUGAACCUGAGCAAGUGUCUAUUCGGCACGAAGAGUGGUCGCUUCCUGGGCUACAUCAUCACCAAGUGCAGCAUUGAAGCCAAUCCGAGCAAGGUCAAAGCUUUGCAAGACAUGCUGCCGCCUUGGAAUUUGAAGGAAGCUCAACGACUGACCGGUCAGAUCAUGGAGUUAUCCAGAUUCAUAUCCAAGUCAUUCAAUUGGAGACUGUCAUUCUUUAAGGCUCAGGCCUUGGUGGACUUCGUCAUAGAGGUCCAGAAUGUAAAGCCGGAGACAACAUGGAAGAUAUAUGUUGACGGCUCGUCCACUCGACAAGGUAGCAGAAUCGGCAUACUACUUAUAUCACCGCAGGAAGACCGGAUGCAGCUCUCUGUUCGGCUGGACUACAGAGCCACUAAUAAAGAAGCAAAGUAUGAGGCACUGAUAGUCGGCCUACAAGAAGCUCGGCAUGUGGGAGUCGUUAAAGUCCUCAUCCACUCGGACUCCUGGCUUGCCACUCAGCAAUUAUCCGGAAUGUUCGAAAUAAGCAAUGCUCGACUCAAGCUCUAUGCGGAGGCUUUCGAGAGGCUGAAGACCAACUUUCAAGAGGUCAUCAUACAAAAAAUCCCUUGA